GGUUAUAAUGAUACUCAAACCUUUAUUCAAACUAAAGGAGCUGCUUACAAGAAAGCGGGAAAAUGGAUGACAAGCAAUUACUAUGCUUACAUUGAUGCAAUAAAGACAUUAAAUGAAACUGGUUGGGAAUGGAGCACAACGCAUGACAAGUUUUAUUUUAAUACCACUCAUCGUGGAGUUGAUGGUCCAUUCAUGGUAAUGGGUAAAUACAAUAAUUGGCACAUUUAUUACCCAAAUAUUGGUGGAUAUGGAAUGAUUUCUUCUUACCCUAAUCGUUACAUAUGGAUGUGGAGAACAACCGAGCCCUCACUUCAAGCUCAUUAUAUUUGUCAAAUAAAUGUUAAAGGGUCCACACUGGUUGCACCCACCGCUGUAAAUAUAAAGUAUGGAGAAGAUUCUGUAAUCUGUUCAUCUCAUGGCAGCCCUGGACCACCUGUCUCAUGGAAAAUAAACUCAGAGGACGUUUCAAUAAACACAAGUGAACCAGUUUAUCAAAUAAUUACCCGACCUACACUGAAUGGUAAUACCUCAUCACGUUUGUAUUUUACCCGUGCUUUAAGUCAGAAUUCUGGGGUUUAUACUUGCAAUGCUACUUCUCUUAACCAAUCUGCACAAACUACUGUAAAAAUUGACAAACGACCAAGAUUACUUGAAAGUAAAUUAGAGACAUCAACAUACGCAUGCAAAUUUAUCGGCGAAACUUCACCUACUGUCUAUUGGAGUGUUAAUGGUGUCAUAGUUAAGGAAAACGUCUCAUUUAUUACCAACACAGUGUUAAAUACACAUGAAGUAUUGAGUCAAGUUUCUCCCUUAUUAAUAUUUGGAAAUAAAGACAUUGUUUCGUGUUGGGCAACUACUACCGAUGGUUCCUCAAACAAAGUAUCAAAAGCUGGAUUUUCAAAUCCUUCAAGCUCAGCAUUCAUUGUUUCACCUGGUAGUUGCCCUGGUAACCAACUACAAAUUAAUUGGACAGAUAUUACCAAAACAACUGGCAACAUUGUAUAUAAUGUAAGUGUUACGAAUUCAGUCCAAACUUACAUAAAAACACUCGCACAAUCAUCAACAAAGGACAACAAUUACUCAAUCACCUUUGAUAACUUGACACCAAGGACAGAGUAUACUGUAAAGAUACAUUUCUUUCCAAAGUAUCCAAGUAAAAUUGACCAAACACUUGGAAGAACAGCCGGUGAAAAACCAAGUAUUGUGUCAGCAAGUGCAAAUACAGAUUUUAAUAAAACUCAAUGUUUAAUAUCGUGGCUAAAAGGACCAGAAACUGGAAUAAUUGGAGCAAGUAUUGUUGUGACAAGCAGUUUAAACAAGAAAGCACUGUAUAUGUCUGAUAUUGUAACAACUGUAACACAUACAACACUAAGUCAACCAUAUAAUUUUCAAAUGGAACCAAAUCGCAAACAUAUCAUCACAGUCGCUACUAAGACUUGCUCUGAACUUAGUCAAUAUAUUCUAGUUACAGGAAAAUGCAUUUCCCAAGUGCAAGCACCAGCCAACAUACCAACUCCCAGAAUAGUAGGAAGUUAUGCAACCACCUCACAUAUACAAGUUAAUAAAGCUGACGAAACUAACGGACCAAUCAGUUGUUAUCUUGUCAUCGGUGGUAAAAAAGGAAGCAAGCAAUAUAGAGAUUCCUACACAUGGAUGGAAAUACAAAACAUGAAAACAAACUCUAACUCUUCUUCAUAUUGUGUUGCAGUAUUACCAAGGUUUAAUGUAAAAAACUUACAAUUGGGUUUAUCAUCAACCACAACAACACAGUGUAAAGUGGACACAUCUCAUACAAUAAGCUGUACCAACAAGUUGAUGUCAAGUGGAAUCACAUACAAAUUUCAGGUUGUAACAUUAAGUUUAGCUGAUGGGGUUUACUUGACACAAACUAGUCAACCAAUUGUUGCAACCCCACUUGCAAGCCUGCCUUCAACUUCCAAGACAGUCACAAUAGCAAUUGUGGUUGCUCUGUCUACUUUGGUUGUUUCAGCAGCUGCUUACUUUAUUGGAAAACGAAGGUGUGACUGUUUAAAACAAAGUAGAUUGCAAAAGGUUGAAUUUGUUCAGCCUGAACAGGCUUUGCAACAAGAUGGUACGAACUGUGAAGAAGCAUACGUUAACUUGGAGGUUGAACAGAAACCAAAGUUGAAUAAGACAUCUUAUGAACUAUCACCCGGGAAUAGUUCCAUACAAGAUGGAUAUGUUGAGUUGAACUUAAUGAUUAAAAAUACUGACUUGAGCAUUCCAAACACAAUCUUUGUGAACAGAUGCAAGGAGAUGUUGCGUUCUAAUGAUUUUAAAAAGCAAUUUCGGGAGCUGACAAAAUCUACAGAUGAAAUAAAACUUACAAAGACACAUGCUGAACUGCCGGAAAACAAGAAGAAAAAUAGAUACAACAAUAUUUUGCCAUAUGAUUGUACAAGAGUCAUGCUGCGAGGAACAUACACAAAUCAUGGAUAUAUAAAUGCAAAUUACAUUGACGGUUAUUGCCAGAAACAUAAGUUCAUAGCAACACAAGGUCCAAUGGAUGGAACAACUGGAGAUUUCUGAAAAAUGAUUUGGCAACAGGAAUGUUUGGUUAUAGUUAUGCUUACUAACACUAUUGAAGCUGGCAAGAGAAAAUGUACAAAGUACUGGCCUGAACAGGGACAAUGCUGCAUGUAUGAUGUAUACAAUGUUGAAACUGUUAAAGAGGUUGAUUGUGGCUCGUAUGUUUUAAGAACAAUACAUAUUGAAGAAACCAAAAAUGAAUAUGCAACGGUAUUAAGGAAGAUUCAGCAAUUCCAAUACAAAGAAUGGUUAGAUGAAAAUGUCCCUGUAACCACCGCACAUUUGAUUCAAAUGCAGAAGCAAGUAAACACAAGUCUUUUCGAUGGAAAACAAUUUCCAAUUGUUGUACAUGGCAGUGCUGGAGCAGGUCGUACUGGGGUGUACAUAGGGUUGGAUAUCUUACUCAAUGAAACAAAGUCAAAGAAUAAAGUUAAUGUGUUCAGGACUGUGCUAAACAUGAGAAGGCAAAGGAUGGAUAUGGUGCAGAACUUGGAACAGUAUAUAUUCCUGCACAAAAUUCUAAGUGAAUGUAAUGAACUUGGAAACACAGAAUUAAAAUGAUUUAAAAAAACAAUAUCUAAUCAAAGUCCUUGCUUGGCAGCCAUUCGUUAUAACAUGAGUGUUCUGAUUCAUACACCUUCUACCAUAAAUGUAAUGAGCAGCUGAUCUGUUGCAACUCGACGCCUAAAGUGACGUCACAUAACCCAAUCCCAAUACUUAAUUAAUCAAUGCCAACAGUGCGGAUACGACUUAUCUCAUGAGAGACUUUUCCAUGAAAACAAACCCCCCGUUGAACGAGGUUAAUGAUAUCACGUUCAGCCGAUGACAGGCCCAAAUCGAUUCCCUUUUAUCGCAUGGCGUCACACUGCUGUCACGUGAUUCUGUCCGCUAUAUAAUUCGCCUUUUCCCUAACACAAUAACUAAUAACGAGAAACCACUAUCGGCACUGAGACCUCGAGGUCAGUCUAGGUUCAUGGCGGGCUCUUACGAGCCUUUGCCCAGCCGUCAAGUAAGCUUUUACCCGAUACCGUAUCGUGUACUUGUAUACCAGAAAAAGGAAUAAAACAUAGCAAGAUAUCAUGAA